AACGAGCGUCGCCCACUGUUCAUCUUCCCGAACUUCUUCGUUCGCCAAGCGCGCCCCCACGCCCGCACUAUUCCACCUUCUUCCCCCAUCUCUCCCUUGUUUCUCCCUCGCCGGUUCCAUUGGGGGACCUUGCGAGACCGGCGCAGUGACCGGUGGCCAUGGCGCGACGGCCGGCGGUGCAGCCCGGCCAGCCGCCCCUGCUCCACCCCCGGCGCGGCCAGCCUGCGCGAGCGCGCGCGAGCUCGGCGCUCCCAGCCAACGCGGCCAGCGGCCCGUGGCGCGCAGCCAACGGCUCUCAGCCAGCGUGGCACGGCGGCCAGACCCAGCCAGCCCUAGCCGCAGCAGCCCCGUGCGCGGCGCGGCUCCCUGCCCAACGCAGCGGCGUCGCGGUCGGCCCUUGUCGACCCGUCCGGAGCUCGCGUCGCGUCGAUCGCCGAAGCUCCAUGUGUCGUCGUCCGUGCUCCCACUGGUGUUCAUCGUUGGAGAUCGCGAUUUGUUUCCGAGCUUCGAGGGAUCGAAGAUCAAGGGUUGGCGACCAAGUGAUCUGGUUCUUCGAGUUCUACGAGGCUGAAGAUCCUGAGCAUCUGUUUGGUGAAGGUUGCCUUUGGUGCAAUCUAUGCUCAGGUAAAGAAGAAGGCGUCGAGGCGGAUCUCCAGGAGUUCCAGGACUUUGACGAGUUCGAGAACUAGGCUAGCGACCUCUCCCAGUCAGCUGCCUGUGGUGGGUUGUUUACGUUGGCUACGUUUCGAUUCUGUGUACUUUGAUUUAUAUUAUGUAAAUGGCUCUAGUCUGUAAUAUUAUUACUUACUCUUUAUUGU